UCAUUUCACUUGUCUUCGGACUAUCACUCUUUCUUGUGUACUUUACACCUUUUCACUCCUUCUGGAAAGCAGAGUAUAACGGCAAGGCCCGUCAUAUUAUAUACAACACUCUUUCUUCAGCUUCUCAAGCAAACAAACCCAAACAAACAUUCAAAAUGCGUUUCGCUACUUCUGUUGCUACUCUCAUUGCCUCCGCGGCUCUCUCUUCCGCUGCUACCGUCACCUUCUGGACCCUGGACGACGUUCAGCGCACCAUCUACUUCACCUGCAACCCUGGCAACGCUGACAUUGACUCUGUCACCGUCGACAACAGCAAGAACACCACUGUUACCUUCCCUGAUACUUGGCAAGGCAACUUCUACGCCGUCAAGGAGGGCGCUUCCAACGUCCCCGGCAUGCUCGGUGAGGUCAACUUCGGCAGCUGGCACGGACUGACCUACUUUGACGUCUCCGCCAUUGUUGACCCCAACGACAAGGACAACGUCAAGCUGAUGUUCCCUGCUGAGUCCUAUGAGCCCAUGUCUGGCUGCGUCAACUUCCCUUGCAACAACGCCUACUACCUCCCUGAUGACAUUCAGACCAAGGCCACCAUGGAGAGCGACCUCAUCACCACUCUUGGCUCUGGCUCCAUUGCUCACACCUUCACUGAGGAACAGUAAAUAGCUGUGUAUUCAGACUUUCCUUUUUUCUUGAUUUGACUCUGGGGGCCUUUUGGCUCCCUUUGGUGCUGAGCACCAGGUCACUCAUGACGCUAUGAUGAAAUGCAAAAACUUAUCAUGAUAUGGGAUACGGGUUACUGGGUAUAGGUUUUGCACGGGAAACAAAAAAAGGACAAACUUGGUUGCGAGCACAACCAUUCACUUCUUACAGAUUUUGGUCUCUCUUCUUCUUACCUAGAGUAAGAGAGGAGAGCCAGAGGCUGGCACUCA